CGGCUCUACGCCGUUUGCGUAGCGUGCCCCAAGAUGGCGUCGCGGUCGUCGUCGUCGGCGGUGGCCGGAGCGCUGGUAGCGGCGGCGGAGCGGCUGGAAGUGAAGGGAGGGAUGAGGCGGGCGAAAGGCGGCAGCGCGUAGCGGGCGGCUCCCGGCUUGCGGGAGACAGAGCGAGACCGAGAAAGAGACUGUCGCGGGGAGGCGGCCACCCCCUCCCUCCGUUACCCCCCCCCCCCUCCCUCCCUCCCUUCCCCGUCCUUCCCCGCCCGCCCCUCACGGGAGCCCCGCGGGUCCUUCCCGGCGCCGCCACCCUGCCCGCCCCCGCCCUUUAGGCCGCGGGCCUCCCCGUCCUCCGGCCUGCCCUGCCCCUUCCCCCCCCCCCUUCCAGCCGCCCCCUGGGAGAGGAGGAGGAGGAGGAGGAUGAUGAAGCUCAAGUCCAACCAGACGCGCACCUACGAUGGGGACGGCUACAAGAAGCGGGCGGCCUGCCUGUGCUUCCGCAGCGAGAGCGAGGAGGAGGUGCUGCUGGUGAGCAGCAGUCGGCAUCCUGACCGCUGGAUUGUCCCUGGGGGUGGCAUGGAGCCCGAGGAGGAGCCCAACGUGGCAGCUGUGAGAGAAGUCUGUGAAGAGGCUGGAGUGAAAGGGACGUUAGGAAGAUUAGUGGGAAUAUUUGAGAAUCGGGACAGGAAACACAGGACUUAUGUUUACGUUCUUAUCGUCACAGAAGUGUUGGAAGACUGGGAGGACUCUGUCAAUAUUGGAAGGAAAAGGGAAUGGUUUAAGAUAGAAGAUGCCAUCAGAGUUCUGCAGUAUCACAAACCAGUGCAAGCCUCAUAUUUUGAAACCUUGAGGCAAGGUUGUUUGGCAAACAACGGCACUCCUGUCAUGACCACGACGUACUCUGAGGGCUCCAUGUCUGACAUCAGAUGACUGAAGGCUUCCCAGCUGAGAGAAAGUUUGAAAAACAGACUGAAACGUGGAUUUCCCUCCCCUCUCCCCUUUUUCACAUGCCUCCUCCUAUCCAACAAGGCAUGGGCAGCAGCCUGUGGCAGAGCAAGUGUUAAGAGUGCUGCAAUUUAGUGCAAGGUGGGAUUAUUUUUUUGUUGUUGUUGGCUCUUUUUUUUUUUGGUUUUUUUUCUUUUUUUUUUUUUUUUUUUCUUUUUUGGAUAUGUAUUUUGUAAAAUACAUUUUGUGCAUGAAGUGCCCCUUUCCCCUUACACUGCUUCCAUGGCCUGGCAAGUGAGGCUGCCAGUUUUGCCUCUGCCUUGUCUUCUGAAGUGUCCCAUUUGUGUCAUCCCAGCCAUAGCCACUUUUUUUUUUUUUUUUUUUCCUUCUUUUUUUUUUUUAAUUAAAAGACUUCAAAUACCAGAUCAGCUCUUUAAGUCUUAGUCUGUACUGUAAGGUGCUGUUCAGACCUGUGUGAUGGUCACUUUCAGCCCAUGUGUAUAAAAUACUUAGGUGGAGAAUCUAACAUUUUAAUUUUGUGGGACUUUUUUUAAUCCUGGUCUGCUUCUGAACAGAAAGGUUCCUAAAUAAUCUGUUUGCCUUUUGUUCUGUUUUUGUUUUGGUUUGUUUAUUUUAUUAUUUUUUUUUUAAAUACACAUUCUGUGACAGUGCUAGUGGCUGGGCCAGUUUACUCCCUGAUCAGUAUCUCCUGACUUAGUGCAGUGACACUUGAAGUUGAGGGCAGUGUUUUGAUCACCUGCAGACACCUCUGCUGCUCCAUUGCUUCUCCUACAGCUUCUGCCAGUGUUUCUGCAUUCCCAUCAAAACAAAAAGGAGUUGGUCUUCUAACACUUGGUCAAAACAAAACAAAAAAAAAGAGAUGGCUUCAGAAACGCUGUGAGAGGAACUGAAUUUCUUUGUCUGGGGUAGGAAUCAGGGAUUCAAAGUGGGGUCAAAGUCUCAACAAACUGGAGCAUCGAUCACCAAUGCUGUUCUGCUGAUCCUGCUGCAUUCUGCUGAUGUCUCUUCUUGUCCACAUGCCUUAUACCUUGCUGAACUGGAGACUUGGAGCUUGUGCUGAAGCAUGGGAUUGGACUCACUGAGUGUUCCUGCACGACCCCUGGGUUGGAUUAACCACGUGCAUCCCUGAGAAAGAAUUCCAGGGGGAUUAAAAAUCCAGGUGUUCAAUCUCUUGGCCUGUGGUUCUGCAGCACUCAGAAUUGCACCAUGGAGCAUGCUCAAAACGUUUAAACUCUCCCUCUCCUGAAAGGUACAGCUGACUCCUGAGCAGAACUGCUGCUUGGAGAAGUGCACUGCUGAGUAGGAUAGUUCCCCAGAUGCAUUGGCACACUUCACAUGAUUUUAUUUUUGUUGUUGUUGUUGUUGUUUUUAUUGAUGUAAGUUUCUUGCUGUCUUGAUUUGCCAACAGUGUUGUCUAGUUGGGAAAUAAAAUGGGAAGGGUUGGGGCUAAGGGAGGGCGUGGGUUGGGACAGGUACAAGUUUUGGGAGGGGCAUUAAUUAAUCCCUGGCUUGGGACAAGAAGAAGUUGCUGAAUUCAGUAACUUCUCCUUUGUCAGAGCAUAGCCAAGAUGUGAAAUUAAAUCUGCAGUACUCUUUUUCUUUUCUUUUUUCUUUUUUUUUUCUUUUUCCUCCUCUAUUUAACAAAAAAAAAUCCUCUAAUAAUAAAUCUUCACUGUCCAGAGGUUUCUCUCUUCCCAAGAAACACAGUAUGGAAAUCUGAUGGAAAUAUCCAUGGAGCCUGGGAUGAGGGGAAUGGUAUCCUUGCUGGUUUGGCAAGAAGCUGUUCAUUUGAAGAUCCUAUUCUGGUCCUUUCUCUUGUUCCCUUGUUUUCAUCAGUGUGGAGCAGCAAGGCCAAAAGCAGUGCCAGUGAUGGCUAACAUGAAAAACCCCUAAGAGAAAGCUGAGAGGAAUUAUUCAAGAAGUAGCUUGAAGCUGAGCAUCUGGAAUUGAGCCUAAAUUACACCAGUUCAGUUCACUUCAACUUAGAGAUGAAUGUACAAUUACUUUCUUCCUCUGUGCUGAUUGACCUGAACCAAACUCUCAAAAAGGGCUUGAAUAUUGGAUCUGGAAGUGUACAAGAAAUUCAGAGAGUCUGCUCUUACCUAGAGUGGCACCUAACACAGCCAUCUACUGCCUUCUAUUGAGUUUUUGUCUUUACUGUACAGAUUAAUAUGUUGAAAAUGCUUUGCAACAAAACAGCUGGUACUCCUGAAAGAGUAACUGCAGUUUUAAUAUCAACAGCAUGCACACUUUUUGUUUUUAAACUAAAAAAAAAGGAAAAAAAAAAUAAAAUGUUUUUACAGGGCUGUUAAACUGACAGUUUAGGGUAGAGUAUUGUUAAUGACUUGCUAAUGGCUUAUUUGUUUGGGUCAGAAAAAUAAAUUGUGCCAAGAAAGUGGUUUAA